AUGGCGCCACCUAUGGAAACAAAUGAGGAUGAGACUCCUGAUGGCAACACGGCCAUGGCUGCUCUGACGGUAAAUCAGUUUUUAUCCUUCAUGAACCCCAGAAUUAAGGCAUCUGUAGAAGAGGCCGUGGGUCCGCUCCAAUCCCAGGUAGCAUCAAAUUCACACGACAUCCAGACUCUGAUAUCAGAAAACAGGUCCCUGAGAAGCUCUAUCGAAAUUCAGUCGAAGUUGUUGGACGACCAGCAGCGUAAGAACAACAUCAUCCUAUAUGGUCUUCCUGAGACCUCUCCUACAUCGCUGAUUCCAGAGUUCCUCAGUUUUCUGAAGAAAUUCCUCUCAAUUACGCUACUGAGCCACGAAAUCAAUAGCAUCAGGAGGAUUGGUUUCAAUAAGGGCAAUAAACCUAGACCUACUCUGAUCUCCCUCGUGUCAUUCAACACCAAGAUGUGUAUCUUGAGUAACUCUUCGUUUUUGAAAGAUACCCCGUUCUCACUGGCAAACGAUUACAGCAUGGAAGUGAGAUCCAAACGCAAGGAGCUGAUACCUCUACUGAAAGGCCUUAGAGCAAAGAACAUCAAUGCCAGGUUGAGAGACGGUGACCUAUGGAUCGACGGAAAGAAGACCUCAAAGGAAGAAGCAAUCAGCCUCAUAGAGGAGGCACCUAGGACCAAGAAGAGAGAUCGUGAGGAGGAGUCCCAAAGUGGCGGAGGCGACCACCAGAAUUCUUCCCUCCCACCAGGCAAAAAAAUACCAAGAAAAAUCUAG